AUGAAUUCUUCAUCCAAUGUCAGUGUUUCCAAUAGUGUGAUUUAUCGAGGCACCACGGAAACAAUCGUAACUAGAAAUGUGAUUGUUGUUGUUCUUGGCCUCGUCAUCAACUACAUCAAUGAGAAAGAAAGUAGAAAAUAUAAAUGUGAAAUUAAAAUACUGCCCUUUUUUUAUUUCCAGGUAUUUUACGUGAAUCCUCGUUACAUCCUGUUUAUCCAUCUCGUGGUGAAUGAUAUGAUCCAGCUUACAACAACAAUAAGCCUGCAUGUAUUUAGUUACAUUUUCUACAAAAUGAAUGCCUCUUUUUGUUGUCUACUUAUCGUUGUUGCUAGCUUCACCACUAUGAACACUCCUUUAAAUCUAGCUGUAAUGGCUGUAGAGUGCUACAUUGCUGUGUGUUUCCCUCUGCGACACACUGAGCUCUGUACCAUUAAUCGAACAUAUAUUCUAAUUGGCUGUAUAUGGGUUUUGAGCUCAGUGUCAAUUGUACCGGAUGUAUUUAUUCAUCUUGCAGCAGAUCCAUUAUGGUUCUCUUAUUCCAUAGCGUUUUGUGAUAAAGACAUUCUGUUACGACAUCCGGUAAGUUUACAAAAGAGGGCCCUUACUUACAUAACGUAUUUAACUAUAGUUUGGUUUACCCUCUUAUUUACCUAUUUUAAAAUCUUCUUUGCAGCUCAAGCAGUUAAGUCAGUUGAUGGAAAUGCAAAGGCCAGAAAUACUAUCCUGCUUCAUGGUUUUCAGCUCCUGUUGUGCAUGCUAACGUACGUGGACCCCAUAGUAAAAAAUUCUAUAAUUGUUCUACCACAAUACAUAGCUGAAUUACGCUUUUUUUGGUACAUCUUAGCCCACAUUCUUCCCAGGUUUAUCAGUCCCAUUGUGUACGGGCUGAGAGACAAGAUUUUUAAACAGUAUUUAAAAAAUUACCUGCUGUGUAACAUCAGAGCAGGGAACAAGCUGUAUCCUGGACAGGAACUUUAGCAAAAUUUUUGAAUAUUAGAUGCAUUAACAAAACCAAAUUGUUUGCAUUUUUUCAUGUCAUUAACUGUAGAAUAAUGCAUAUUAACAUUUUUAUAUGCUUAAUUUUGCUCAUAUUUCUGUCAGUUUAUACUUUCAUCACAUAGGAAUUAUUUCUGUAAAUGGAACUUUGGAAUGACAUUUUAUUUCAUUGAUUAACAAUAAAUUAAACAUGCAAUUAUUUUGUAAAAAAGUAUCUUAUUUUGUUUAAAUGCUGUAUUUGCUAAUUUUAUGCCUUUUUUGUAAA